AUGAGAGAUGGUGUGAGGUGGAGGAGAGAAGGUGUGGUGGUGUAUGUAGAGGAAAACAUGUAUUUGAGAAGAGAGAAAGUUGUAUUCUUUCUUCAUGAGCAGUUGCUCUUUUCUGUCCGCAUUGCUCUCAAUUUGAAAGGGCUUGAUUAUGAAUACAAGGCCAUUAAUCUGUUCAAAAACGAGCAAAGUCAUCCUGAGUAUUUGAAGAUGAAUCCUAUUGGGUAUGUGCCUGCCCUUGUGGAUGGUGACAUAGUACUUGCUGAUUCUUUUGCAAUCAUAUUGUACCUUGAAGAGAAGUACCCUCAGCAUCCUUUGUUACCUCGUGACCUUGUCAAAAAGGCAAUAAAUUAUCAGGUUGCAAAUAUUGUUGCUUCGAGCAUACAACCUCUUCUAGCAUUACCUGUUAUGAACUAUAUUGGAGAAAAUGUUGGUGAAGAUGUUUAUAAGCAUGCUGCAAAAGGUGUGACAACCGGU